GGCCGGGCUGUCAACUGCGGUCCCUACAUUCAAGACAUGCGUGUUGUUCCUCGUCUGAGUCUACAACCUCUACCCCUCUGCUCCCUCACAUCCUCACUGCUUCGCCAACUGGUCUAGAUACGUUGACGUGAGAUCUCUUGAUUGAGCAUUUCUCAUCUUUCUUUCUGUUUACAAGCACCGACUAUCUUGCGACAGAAUCACUCAUUUGGCUGGCCACAAAACGAGAAAUAUCCCUAAUUAAUGCAACCACAGCAAUAAAUUGGACUGGCUCCUCGAACGAAGAAAAAAAGAUCGCGACAUCCUCAAUCCUAUGAGUUAAUAAAAGAAAAAUGCUCCUUUAUACAACAUGGCUUCCACGGCUGCUACUACUACCUUGCGUGUUCGCAUUCUAUCCAUAUCAUGACGACCAUGGAGGCAAGUCUCGGCGUUUCAUUCCAUUCAAGCCCGAGUCUCGCCCAUCAGAGGGCUCAGGAGGCGUUACAGUCGACAUACAGAAGAUCAGAACGAAGAGGAAGAACGACUUUACGCUAGUUUCCUCGAAUAAACCUUCUAUUCCCAACGCCAUGGCCAUUGACUCGGACGGUUCGGACUUUACCUAUAUUUCUAUUUUGAAAUUUGGAUCUUCGGGACAGGAUAUGUACAUGUUGAUCGAUAGUGGUUCAGCAAAUACCUGGGUUAUGGGUUCGGAUUGCAACUCGAAGGCUUGCCAGAUUCACAACACUUUUGGCAGUGAUGAUUCGACGUCCCUGCAGAAAUCUUCACAAACAUGGAGCCUAGCCUAUGGUACGGGCGAAGUCAAGGGGGUUGUAGCAAAUGACACUGUUAGCCUCGCCAACUAUACUCUUCAUAUGGGGUUUGGGUUGGCUUCGACUGCUUCGGACGACUUCAACAAUUACCCUAUGGAUGGUAUCCUAGGUCUAGGUCGUCCCAGCUCGGACGCCUUGGGCACACCUACCAUCAUGGAAGUACUGGAUCAACAGGGAAAUCUUUCCAAGAACAUAAUCGGCGUGCAUCUCCAGCGAGCUUCAGACGGCACAAAGGAUGGACAGAUAACAUUCGGAGGCAUCGAUUCGUCCAAGUUCAGUGGUAAGCUAGGCUACACCAAAGUUGCAAACGAUGCAUCUUGGGAGAUUCCUGCAGACGACGCCGGAGUCGAUGGCAAGGCUGUUGGCUUCACAGGCAAGAGUGCCAUCCUCGAUACGGGCACCUCGUACAUAUUGAUGCCACCGUCCGAUGCCCAGAAAUUGCACUCGUUGAUUCCUGGCAGCACUCAGAACGGCGAAAUCUUCGUUGUGCCAUGUUCCAGCAACGUCAACCUUUACUUCACCUUUUCCGGUGUUCGUUACGCUGUUUCCCCAAAGGAUUACGUGGGACAGGACCUUGGAAAUGGGUGUCAAAGUAAAGUCAUCGGGCACCAGGCGUUCGGACCCGACGAAUGGAUUUUGGGUGACGUCUUUCUCAAGAACGUCUACACGGUUUUCGACUUUGAUAACAACCAGAUUGGACUGAGUGCUCAGUCAAGUGCCAACUCAAGUUCUACUGGAAGUUCGACAUCCACGAAAUCCUCUUCGUCAACCAAAACCGCGUCGGCGUCACAUACAUCUUCUGCAAAGUCAUCAAAGACUACGGCAGCGUCGGCUAGUGGCCGCGGCUCCUCAUCGUCGUCUGCAACCCCUGCAACCUCAUCUGGACCAGGCGACAGCAGUCCUUUUGGAAGUUCAGACAGUAGUGAUGCUUCAUCGGCAUCGCGGACGGGCGUGAGCGUCAUGUCUAGCGCCUUUCUUGCAUUGAUCAUCGGAUGGACAUUGGUAUUUUAAUACUCGACGAUAAGAGUAUAUGAGCGAAAUUUGUCCCAGUCAUAGCGUAUAUACAUGCAUUCAUCGUAAUACACAAAAUGAAAAGAAGAGGUUCUAUAUUCAACACAAUA